AGUUUCAGAUAAAAACAUCCUGAAAAUAACGGUCGGUUGACAGACUGCCGCAGUACAGGGGAGGCGCGUUCAUAUAAUCGUGCUCUCCGAGCAACACAAUUUCUGAAAUACACCAAAAUAAACCAUGGCUGAGGGCGAUAAUAAAAGUGCAAAUCUGUUGGCUCAAGAGACGAGUCAGCUGGAAGAGCAGCUGCAAGCAUGGGGAGAGGUGAUCCUGGCUGGAGAUCAGGUCCUGCGCUGGGAGAAGCCGUGGUACCCAGCAAUAUUAGUGGGCGCCACCACAAUCCUGUUCAUGCUAAUCUACUUCUUGGACCCCUCUGUGCUUACUGGUCUGUCCUGCACUGUCAUGAUCCUGUGCCUGGCUGAUUACUUGGUGCCCACUCUUGCCCCCCGUGUUUUUGGUUCUAACAAAUGGACCACAGAACAGCAGCAGCGUUUCCAUGAGAUCUGUGGGAACCUUGUGAAGACUCAGCGCCGCGUGCUUGGAUGGUGGAAACGUCUGUUUGCCCUGAAGGAAGAAAAGCCAAAAAUGUAUUUUCUCUCCGUCAUCAGCAGUCUUGUGGCUGUGGCCUGGAUCGGACAACAAGUGCAUAACCUCUUCCUCACCUACCUGAUCGUGAGUUUCCUUCUGCUUUUGCCUGGCCUUAACCAGCAUGGCAUCAUCACCAAAUAUGCUGGCAUGGCCAAGAGGGAGAUCAACAAACUUCUUAAACAGAAGGAGAAGAAGAAUGAGUGAAAGAUUAGGCUCAAGUGAAAAUCUGAUAAAUUUAAGUGUUAAAAAUUGUCAUCUGCCCCGCUCAACGUCAGAUCUCAACAGACCAAUGUAAAGCCUGAGCUGAUAGUAAAAAGUAACAUCUAGAAAACGGCUUAAAUGUACGCAGAUAUCUCUUGAGGUUCUUAUGUAAGUUUUGUUUUUAGGUUUCACUUCAAAUUAUACAUUUGUUUUCCAUCAGAAGUAUUUCUUUUUUUUUUCCCCAACACUGAAAUGUUACGUUCAUUUCAGCCGUUUUACAUCAUGUAUAUUUGCAUGUCAUAGUAAAUGUGUUAAGUCUGUGCAAAAUAUAAAGAGCGUUUAAUUUCUUCUAAUUCAUUUUUAAAUUGAUGAAGCAACUACCGAACAUUUACUUUAGCUAAUUAGAUGCACAGAACACAUCAUCAGAAGUCUUCUUCCUCCGAUGGCUUGGAAACAUGCAUUUCUGCACUGUUCUGAAAAUUGCACUGGAAAAACAGAACUGGAGUGUUUGUGUAGGGGAGCUUAGACCCGUACUGCUGUACUAGUGCUGUGUGGACCUCAUUACUGUCCUCUAGCUCUAGCCACUUCCCAAUCCAACACCUGUUGCUGGGCUGUAUAUACAUGUUCAUUUUCUCUCCUUGUAUUUCUUUGUUUCUACUGGCUUGUCUUAAGUUUGUCUUCUCUCCUUGUUCUUUUAACUGUCAUUUUGUGUUUGAGUGUGUUCAGCACAACAAUAAACUGAUUCAAAACUA